AUGGAUCGUCGAAUUCUUGUCACCAGUCAGGGUGCCCCAUUGCAGAAGGAACCAAAAACCCCGGAAAAACGAUGGCUAAGCACGCGCUUGACGGCCCCGGAGCCGGCGCAGACCAGCGGCCGGCUGACGGGCGUGUGGGCGCAGCUGAAGGACGCGGUGACCACUUACCGGCUGCUGUUCGACGAGUCCGGCCUGCCGGGACUGCGUUUUGUGCUGGGCUUCCGGCACCCGCUGAGGCGACUCGCCUGGCUUGCCGUGUACGCCGUGCUCUUCGUCCUCACCAUGCGGGACACGCACAAGCUGCUGACCGAGUACUACGCCUACGACGACCGCGUCAACCAGGAGAUCCUGGAGCAAAAACAAGUCCAGUUCCCAGCGAUCACUGUGUGCAACAUGAACCCCUGGAGGAAGUCGGUGCUGUGCAGCGAAGAGAGCUUCCAGGGGAAGAUUGAGAAGGCGCUGCAAGCCAAGCUCUGCUCGAUGCCAAACAGGAACGUUACUCUGACCGAUGAGGACAUCGCCUUGUCCAACCGGCUGAAGCAGUGGAUCUCGGAGGAGCAGCGGCGAAACCUGAGCCGCGCCGAGAAAUUGGGCCACCAGCUCGAAGACAUGAUCCAGGUGUGUCGCGUCCACGAAGGGGACUGUCUCAGCACCAAGAUCCUAGAGAUACGAAUGGUGCCCCGUUACGGAAACUGUUACUGCCUCGGCUGCAACAGCAGUCGCUUCAGCUGGCAGGCGAUGCAGAUGUCAGAUCCCGAGAAUGGUCUACGCAUGUCCCUGAACAUGGAACCCGAGGAGUUCCUUCCUCUCACUGUGGACGCUGGCUUCUACAUCAUGGUCCACCAGGCCGGGGCUCAGGAGGAGGUCUUUGACAACGCCGUGUACGCUCCGCCUGGCGCCACAACUUACAUAGGCGUAUCAAAGAUGAUUUCUAAAAAUCUCAAGGAACCCUAUAAAAAUCCCUGCCAGGAUCACUGGCCCCCGGAGUUAGAAAAAUAUGUUGUCAAAGGCAUAGUGUACACAAAGCGGGCCUGCGACGAGUACUGCUACCAAGUGCACAUCUUCGAGAAAUGCGGAUGCCGGUCCUUCAACCACAUCAGGGUGUUUGCACCGCAACUUAUGGAGUCGCCAGUCUGUGUGGACGUCCUGAGAGGGGACUGCGAAAGAUCCGUCGAAGCGAAAAUAGACCGGAAAAUAAUCACAUGCAAGUGUCUGACGGCUUGUGAGGUUCAGUAUUACCAGACGACGUCAAGCGCACUUACGUGGACCAGCCGAGUGAUGAAUCCUGAAGGCAGCACUCUCUUAUUUAACUCGCACCUACCUAAACUCACCCUCUGGGCGUCCCAUAGACUGGCGGUUCCGUGCCGCGCUUCUCCGCGAAUAAUGCUCUAUGCUCGCGGUGAUCAACAAACCUCUUGCAGGAUUCACGUCAGGGUGGUGGUGUUCAUGAGAAGUACGAAGGUCCUCUACAAGAGUAAAGAGCCGAAGCUAACGCUGUCGAACCUGUUCCGCAACAUCGGCGGCUUGAUGGGCGUCUACCUGGGUUACUCGUCGCUGCAGAUCUUCCACGUGCUCGACGUGCUCGUAGACGGCGCGUACUCGUCGCUGUCGGGCAUCUGGGGUCGCUACACGAGGAACCGCCAGCGCAGACGCGAGUUUCAUACAAUUGCUAUAGGGAACUGUGGCGCUAGGGCCUACAGGAGCUGCAAGAAGGGAAGUUCAGCCAACGUGGGAAUGAUGGGUAUAGUAGAUGGAUUUGCCUAA